CGGCGGUGCGCGCAGGAUGAUCGGGGAAAGGUGUUUGGGGCGCAGAUCGCGACGAACGCGAUCGCGGAGGGACAGCGCGCGGUGAUGAUGGCGAUGGAGUCCGGAGCGGACUUUGUCGACCUGAACUGCGGGUGUCCGAUUCACGAGACGUGGCGUCGUGGGCUGGGUGCGGCGUUGUUAAAGAAGCCGGAGAAAUUGGAGCGGUUGGUGAACGGGAUCGUGAGCGGGAUCGAUGGGGCGCCGUUGACGGUGAAGAUUCGGUUGGGAAUCGAGAGCUCGUCGCCGGCGACGAAAAUCGCCGAGCGGUUGGAGAACGCGGGCGCGGCGGCGAUCAUCGUGCACGGUCGCACGAAGGAACAGAGGUACACGAAGAGCGCGGAUUACGACGUGAUUCGACAGAUUGUGAGCGAGCGAGCGAUUCCUGUUAUUGGAAACGGUGACGUGUUGACUUGGUAUGACGCGCAGCAACGGCUGGAUUACAGUGGGUGCGCGGGGAUCAUGGUGGGCAGAGGAGCGUUAAUCAAACCGUGGAUAUUCAAAGAGUUUAGGGAAAAGAAGGAGUGGGAGCCCACCGCGGAGGAUCGCGUCGGUGUCUACUACACGCUACGAAAUUACAUGCAAGAGGCGUUCGGCGACGACGACUGGGGUCUCAGAAGAUACAACGAAUUCAUGCCCUGGCAUCAAGGCUUUUUCUGUAGAUAUCGCCCGCUUCCCGAAGCUCGCUUCGGCGGGCGUGCCAUCGAUGACCCACUCUUGCAAUCUCGCCUCGGUUUCGCCGUGGAUGGUGAGGACGAAUCGAAUCUCUCGCUGCUCGAACGCCUCUUGCGAUGCGAGUCCGAGGACGCGCACAAGGCAAUUUCAGACAUCUUAUGGGAAGCUUCCGAUGUCGGCGAUGCUCUGGACCGCUUGGAAACGACUGCGAAGACCUCUCUCGAUCAGUGGUUGGCCCAAGUCGCAUCGGGGGAUAAGAGUGCGACGGACGACUCGUAUCGCGGAUGA